GCCCUCUACAGGGACGUCAUGCAGGAGAACUACGAGACGGUGACCUCGCUGGGAUUUCCCCUUCCCAAACCUGAACUGAUCGCCCAGCUGCAACGAGGGGAAGAGCCGUGGGUGCCCGAUCUCAACAGCUCUGCGGAAAGCGAGAUCCCAAGAGGUGCCCGUGCAGGUGAUGAGACGGUGAGUCAGAAUGAGGAGAAUCCACAGCUGGAAGGUCCUGAGCAGGUGGAACCGCAUGAGAUGUUCUCAGAGAGAUCCAAAGGGAACAUUUCUCAGAACAGGGAGCAGGAAAAAACCUGGGAGAGUCAGUGCAUGUCAGAAAGGCAGCUGGGAAUCCAGCCAGGGGAGAAAGCAGACAGAUCCAUUUUUUGUGGGGGAGGAUUCAAGGAUCUUAAGGAAACCGCAGCCCAGCAGAGAAUCCGCCUGGGAGAGAGAAAAAACAGUUGCACGGCCUGUGGGAAAAGCUUCAGCCGGCGCUCAAACUUUAUUUCCCAUCAGCGAAUUCACACCGGAGAGAGACCCUAUACGUGCUUGGAGUGUGGGAAAAGUUUCAUUCAAAGCACACAGCUGAUCAGGCAUCAGAGAGUGCACACAGGAGAGAAGCCCUAUAAAUGCCUCCAGUGCGGGAAAAGUUUCAAUCAGAAUUCACACCUCAUUAGACACGAGAGGGUGCACCGGGGAGAGAAAUUGUAUAAAUGCCCCGAGUGCGGGAAAAGCUUCCAUCAGAGUUCGAGUCUUACCUCACAUCAGAGAAUCCACACCGGGCAGACGCCCUUCGAAUGCCUGGAGUGUGGGAGAAGUUUCGAUUGGCGCUCACGGCUUAUUGCGCAUCAGAGAAUUCACACAGGAGAGAGACCAUAUAAGUGCCCGGAGUGUGGGAAAUGUUUCAUUCACAGCUCAGAUCUUCUUUCCCAUCAGAGAAUCCACACAGGAGACAGACCCUAUAAAUGCCCCCAGUGCGGGAAAAGCUUCAAUCACAGCUCCGAUCUUCUUUCCCACCAGAGAAACCACACGGGAGAAAAACCCUACAAAUGCCAGGACUGCGGGAAAAGCUUUAAUCGGAGCGCUCACCUGUUUAGACACCAGAGACUGCACACGGGGGAGGAAUCUUAUAAAUGCCCCAACUGUGGGGAAAGCUUCAGUCAGAUCUCAGAUCUUAUUUCACAUCAGAGAAGCCAUACGAGUGAGAAAUCCUAUGAAUGCCUCGACUGCGGGGAAAGGUUAAGUGAUAGAUCGGCCCUUAAUAGACAUCGCCGAACCCACACAGGGGAGAAACCCCAUAAAUGCCUCGACUGUGGGAAAAGUUUUGAUUGGAGCUCGAACCUCAUUGUGCAUCGGAGAAUUCACACGGGAGAGAAACCCUAUAAAUGCCCAGAGUGCGGGAAAAGCUUCAAUCGGAACUCGCACCUCAUCCGACAUCAGAGACUCCACACGGGAGAGAAGCCUUGAACGUGUCCGCUCUGCAUUCAGAACGCACCACUGCCGGGGACUGAUUUCUAUGGCGCUCCAUCGUGGGCAGCCUCGAAAAGCCUAGAAGCCUAAGAAUCCCACCGCAGCCUGAGCAGCAGCAGCCUCCCAGGGCUCGUCUGGACUUGGGAAGCGGGUUAGCGUUAGCUAGCAUGACCCCAACUCCGACCAAACCUCCCCCAUGGUUCCUAGUGUCGGCCGACUCGGAGUGUCUCAUUUGUAUGGUUCCUCCCCUCCCCCCCUAUUAGCCAAGUGAUUGUGAGUCCCUGAGUUCCCCCUUCAGAGACAGAUUGGCUUCUUCCCGGUCGUUCUGAGGAUGCCCAAUGCCGUUCUGAAGAGCUGCCAUUUCUUGGUACCUUUUUCCUUUUAUAAAACGUAAGUGAGUAGAGAGCUGGAGCAGAGAGAGAAAAAUGUGUCCUCACAGCCUCCGUGUUACUCAAGUGGACAGGGUGAGCGGGGGAUUCCCUCCUUCCCCCCUCCAUUGUCACAGUCCCCCUUGACGCAGCAGACAUGAAGAGUUUAUCCUUCCCCGUUCUCCCGCUCCACUUCCCCCAGUGUCUCGUGCCACAGUGCUGUCAGCUCUCCAUGCUCAGGAGUCACACCUUGACUUGUUUGAGCCCCGAUCAGACCGAUGAAGGCUGGAGAGGCACGUGUCAGAGACCUGCAGGGAGAAUUUGAAGGAAUUCCCAAGCCAGCGUGGCUGUUCUGAGCUUAAAUCCAGGUGCCAAGCUGUUGGUAAAAGGCUAGAUCCUCAAAGGGACUUUGGCAUGUUAAGUUCCUAAAUCCCAACACCUAGGCACCACUGAGCGCCUCAAAAGCCCGGCUUGGCUACUGCCUAACCCUGCAGGUGCCUGCAUUCCCUAGGGGCCUAAACUCCUGCCUGUAAAGUCCUCUGGGCAGCUAAGUUUCAAGAGGUCAUCUACGCCCUCCCCCCUUGUGAGGCAGGAGAAGGCUGUGAUCCCUAGCCUGAAUCACAGACAAAACCUUGAGGAGAGAGUGGGUGACGAGCCGGGAAAUCCAUGAACAAUUUACAAAUGCUCUGUGAGGUUCUGAUCUUUCCAUGUGCAUCUGUGUCAAACUGCAAACCCCAUUUUCAAUCGCCAGGCUGAUCUCUACCGUCCCACCAUCUUCCGACCUCCAUCCUGACCUAGAAUUCCAUACGGGUUGCUGGCAUGGGGCUAACAAUGGAGAGCCGUUAACCUUUCACCACUCGCCAUCCACGCAGGUCAAGAGAGAGCAGCUAAGCAAGGCCAAGCUGUUUUUAUAGGCCGAUCAGGGAGGAUCGCUUGGCAACAAAGUCACCUGGCGAGCAUCUGCGGUGGCCUGGGGAGCGUGUCAUUUGAUUUGGGGAGGGGUAAACAUUAUAAAAGAGCAGGAGUUGCUUCUUCUUCAGGGCCGUUUAGCUCAAGAGGAGGGGGAAGUCCAGCGUGUAGGAGCCUGAUGAGGCAGGGAAUCUGCUUCCAUACUUGCACACAGGUGGUCCCCUCAAAGGCCCCCCAAGGACAGGAUGAACUACUGAGGGGCACUGCUCUGAGAAUGCUGCUUGUGUUCUGUAUGGUCACGUGUGCUUUAGCUGUUAAGUAAAAGAGCAAUGGUGUUCCCCGUGCAAAGCGUGUGUGUGUGUGUGUGUUACAUGUAAGCGUGUGUGUGUGUUACAUUUUUAUCGUAAAUGUUGAUUUCACUGGACACACACAAAUAGAUGUAAAAUAGUUCCAUAGAAAACAACCUGAAAUUUACGAAUAGGCAAAGUAAGAAAAACGCUGCUUGAGAAACUUAUAGAGUCCAAAUCCUGGUAUUUAGACCUUUUCAAUGAGGCUUAUUUCAAAAGCGCUAGGGAACGACUAGUAAAAACAGGUACGAUUGGUCGAUGUAAGGAUACGUAUUCUGUGUAUUCUGGUGUGGAAUGCUGACAAUUUGUGGUUUAAUGGUUUAUAAAAGUUUGAAUGUUUUGACUCUUGACGCAUAUGGUCAUUAAAUAA